GAGCAUGGGCUACUGCACCUUCGGGGGGAGUGUGCAGAGGGUCAGGGAGGCCAGCUUUUGUGGUGGGCAGUCAGGCCAGCAUGUCGGAUGGGGUGGGCAGUGGCCCAAGCACUGGGGGGCUGGGGUGGGAGUGUUCCCUUGUGCUGGUCUGGGUCCCUGAGCUGCAGACUGCAUCCCUGCCUGUGAGCCCCUCCCGGGGCAGCAGCUGGGCGUCACUUCCCGAUGGUUCUGACCCUGUCUUCUCCAGGGUCCCUGAUACCCAGCACUGCUCCUCCUGCCUGUUGGUGGGCCUCCCCCACCUGUACUUUAUCCGGGUGGCCUGAAGUGUAUCACGGAGGGGAAUAGGCCUGGGGGAGUGGCCAGCACCUGUGCAGCUGGAUCAGGCCUGGGCAGGACCAGCCGGGGCCUGAGCUGCAGUGGGGGUUGUCUGAGAUCACGGCCCAGGCAGCCCUGAGUUGGUCGUGCACAGGGAAUGGGGAGGUCAGCAUGCAGGGCAGUCCCCGGCAGGACCCCUGGGAGCACCGAGGGGCUGAGAGGCACACACAGCAUCCUGUUAAUCGUGCUCGGGAGGACUGAGGGGUGUAUGGCGGUCAGGCAGGUGGCCAGGGCUGGUGAUGGGAGCUCCCUGGGACAGAGAGGAAGUGGGGCUUGGGGACCCGGUUGCCAGGCCUUAGGGCCCAGGCUGAGGCCGAGCUCUGCUCCUUCCAGGUCCCCGUGGCCCACUGCUUCGGCCCCCGGGGGCUCUACAAGCGCAGGUUCUGCGCCGUGUGCCGAAAGGGCCUGGAGGCGCCCGGGGUUCGCUGCGAAGUGUGUGAGCUGCACGUUCACCCCGACUGUGUGCCCUUCGCCUGCAGCGACUGCCGCCAGUGCCACCAGGACGGGCACCGGGACCACGACACGCACCUCCACCACUGGCGCGAGGGAAACCUGCCUUCGGGCGCGCGCUGCGAGGUCUGCCGGAAGACUUGCUGCUCGUCCGACGUGCUGGCCGGCGUGCGCUGCGAGUGGUGCGGCGUCCAGGACCCCAGGCUCGAGCCCGCGCCCUCUCCCCCAGGCCCACUCGGUCUGCUCCGCGGCUCUCGCCCCCGAGUGCACUUUCGGGCGCCUGCGCACCAUGGUCCUGCCGCCGGCGUGCGUGCGCCUGCUGUCCCGCAACUUCAGCAAGAUGCACUGCUUUCGGAUUUCCGAGAGCACGGCCCCUGAGCCCGGGGAGGGAGAAGACAGCGUGGACGGAAGCGCCCCCGCCGGCCCAGGGAGAGAGGUGAUGGCACUAGAGUCCAGCAAGCAGACUCUGAAGAUCUUUGAUGGCAACGACGCAGUGCAGCGAAACCACUUUCGUGCCAUCACCGUCCCCCGCCUGGCCAAGAGUCAGGAGGUGCUGGAGGUGGCGCUGCGGGCCUACUACAUCACGGAGGACCCUCAGGGCUUCCAGCUGCAGGCGCUCCCUGCACCCGCUCUGGCUGGCAACACCGGGGCCUCGGGAAAGGCCUGGAGCGGUGGGACCACCGAGGAGGAGGGCAGUAGAGGCCCAGGGGCCCGAGACGCUCCCAGCAUCACUCGCGUUCCCGAGGCCUGGAUCAUUCGCGCUCUGCCCCGCACCCAGGAGGUCCUGAAGAUCUACCCUGCCUGGCUCAAGGUGGGUGUGGCCUACGUGUCCCUGCGUGUGACUCCGCAGAGCACUGCCCGGACUGUGGUGCUGGAGGUCCUCCCGCUGCUUGGACGCCAGGCCGAGGGGCUGAAGAGCUUCCAGCUGGUGGAGGUACUCAUGGGCAGCAGGCAAGUCCAGCGCACGGUGCUGGCGGACGAGGAGCCCUUGCUCGACCGGCUUCGUGAGAUCCGGCAGACGUCCCUGCGGCAGAUGAGCCAGACGCGGUUCUAUGUGGCUGAGAGCAGAGUGGUGGCCCCACGCGUCUCUCUGUUCGUGGGUGGCCUGCCCCCUGGCCGGUCCCCCCAGGAGUAUAGCAGUCUGCUGGACGAGGCUGUGGCCAGCAAAGCUGGCCUGGUGUCCGUGAGCCACGUCUACUCCGCACAAGGUGCCGUGGUGCUGGACGUGGCCUGCUUUGCGGAGGCCGAGCGGCUGUACAUGCUGGUCAGGGACACGGCUGUGCACGGCCGGCCGCUGACCGCCCUGGUGCUCCCGGAUGUGCUGCACCUGAAGUUGCCCCCACACUGCCGCCCCCUGCUGGUGUUUGUGAACCCCAGAAGCGGAGGCCUCAAGGGCCGCGAACUGCUCUGCAGUUUCCGGAAGCUGCUCAACCCCCACCAGGUCUUUGAGCUGACCAACGGGGGGCCGCUGCCCGGGUUCCACGUGUUCUCCCAGGUGCCCUGCUUCCGGGUGCUGGUGUGUGGUGGGGACGGCACCGUGGGCUGGGUGCUUGCCGCCCUGGAGGAGAUGCGGCACCGCCUGGCUUGCCCAGAGCCUGCCGUGGCCAUCCUGCCCCUGGGCACAGGGAAUGACCUUGGCCGGGUCCUCCGCUGGGGGGCGGGCUACAGUGGAGAGGACCCGUUCUCCGUGCUGGUGUCGGUGGACGAGGCGGACGCCGUGCUCGUGGACCGCUGGACCAUCCUCCUGGACGCUCAUGAGGCCGGCAGUGGGGAGGACAGCGCGGCAGACGCAGAGCCCCCCAAGAUCGUGCACAUGAGUAACUACUGUGGGAUUGGCAUCGACGCAGAGCUAAGCCUGGACUUCCACCAGGCACGAGAGGAAGAGCCCGGCAAGUUCACGAGCAGGUUCCACAACAAGGGCGUGUACGUGCGGGCUGGGCUGCAGAAGAUGAACCGCUCCCGCGGCCUGCACAGGGCCCUGCGGCUGCAGGCGGGGCGGCAGGAGGUGCAGCUGCCCAGCAUCGAGGGGCUCAUCUUCAUCAACAUCCCCAGCUGGGGCUCGGGGGCCGACCUGUGGGGCUCCGAAAGUGACUCGAGAUUCGAGAAGCCACGCAUGGACGACGGGCUGCUGGAGGUGGUGGGGGUGACGGGCGUCGUGCACAUGGGUCAGGUCCAGGGUGGGCUGCGCUCCGGCAUCCGCAUCGCCCAGGGGUCCUACUUCCGUGUCACCCUCCUCAAGGCCGCACCUGUGCAGGUGGACGGUGAGCCCUGGGUCCAGGCUCCCGGGCACAUGAUCAUCUCGGCCGCAGGCCCGAAGGUCCACAUGCUCAGGAAGGCCAAGCAGAAGCCCAGGAAGGCGGGGACCCCCAAGGAUGUGCGAGCAGAUGGGGCGCCUGCCCCUGAGGGGGACUCCAAGUAGAGGCGGGUCCUGGAGCAGCGCUCGCUGGUGGAUAUACUCGCCCACAGCCCUGCCCUUGGGUGUUUCCCUCUUGUCCCGUCCCCGUGCCACACACAACUGCUGGGUGGGUAGUGGGCACUUCUCUGGCCUUCGUCCCAGUGAUGGGUGGGCACGGGGCUCUCUGGGGCCCGGGCCACUGUCCUGGAGGGCACACACUCCUCCCCAGGUCCCUCUGCCACCUCUGACCCCUUCAGCCAGGCAGUGCGGUACCUCACCUCAUGCCCCUUGGGCUGUCCCCCUGGAUGCUCCUACAGGGCAACUGGCUCUCUGGACCCUGGGGUUGCCCAGCACAGACACGGGACACCCUGGCCACUAGCUCUUUGGCCUCACCUCUCCACCGAGGGCUGUCCUGGGGGACAUGCCUCUCCAGGCCCGGGUGGUGUCUGGCCGGCCCAGUCGGAACCUGGCUGGUGGCCCCGGAGUGACAGGCCUGGGAUGGGAGGGCCCCGAGGAGGCCAGGUGGUGCCCAGGAGGUAGCAGGAGCCUGGCUGGGGGCCCAAAGGAAGCGCGGAGGGCGUGCAGCGGGAGCGGCUUUAAUCAGCAAGGCCGACGCGGCACAUGACCAUCGCGGCGCUCGGCCUCCCAUUUGCCGACAGCACACGGGUGCCGUGCCCGCUGCUGGGCAGACGGGACUCGCAUGAUCUCCGUGCUUCUUCACGCGGAGACUUGGCGAAACAGGAUGCAAACGUGGCUGUCUGGUGGGCCACUCGCAGAGCCCCUACCACAGAGCCCCAGAGUCUAGCCAGCCCAGAGUCCCGACCUGGUCCCCAGAAGAGCCCGACCCCAGCUGCCUGGGAGCCCCCAAAGCCCCAGAGAAGGGUCCACAAGCCCCUCUCCUGAUCGCCUGGUCUCUUUGCCUUUGGCGCUGUCUUGCCACUGGGCCCUCGCACCCUGGGUGGUGGCCUUACCCUGACAUUCGGCCCCAACCUCGGACGUGGCCUGCCCAGCCCUGUACCCGCCACGCUCGUGCCAAAACUGUCCAGACACGUGCAUCGGAGCAGCCGUGGGUGGCGGCCCGUCCUCGCCACGCGCCUCUGGUAGCUGCUGUGUGUCCCCCAGGUCGGCGUCCCCGGGGGCGGCAUCAGCUUUUGCUUUGCGGGCCCCGUUGGUCAAUGUGGACCGUCUUGUAAAUUUUGGUUCAGGUGAACGUGUCCUCUGUGCGUGCGUGAGUGAGUCUGUGUGCCCGGAGGGGCUGUGUGGGCUCUGCACCGCCCCCCCCCCCCAUUUGUAACUUAUCACCUAAAGGUGACCGUAAUUUAUAUCUGGGACAAAUACAGUCUGGGCGUCCUGUC